AUGCGACUACAUCUAACCGAGCUGCCUGUCCAGCAGUUUAUGGACGACUUCGUGGCUGGCCCUGACCCAACCGAUGCAGUGCGCGCGACGUUCGAGAAGCCUCAAGAAAUAGGCGAUAGGUUCAAGACCGGUUUAUCAUAUCUGCAUUUUUGCGCGUUCCUCAAUUCCGUGUUAGAUUCGUGUGCGGCAGAGACUCAGGACGACAAACUCGUGGUGAAGGUCACCUCACGCUGGGAGGACACUUCUGAGCUGCAAACAGAGUUGAUGCGAUCAAAGCAAGAGUACAGGCCGGACCUGAUAAUUUAUCCCACCACCAAUAUGGCCAGGAAGGCAUACACAUUAUCCAAGACCGACCUUCAAACGCUUCAUAUCAAGAAGUACAUUGAACACAAAGCGCGUACGUCUUGGGCAUGGGCACUGCUACCUAUACAAUUCGUACUGGAAUAUACCGAGAAUCUAUCGGUCCCGUUUAGCUUUGGCUCUGAUACCUUCUUCCGCACAAUGGACAGCGACGACUGGGAUCCAUGUUUGGACAAGAUCUCUCAGUUCAUUGUCUAUCAAAAGUAUGCGCGCUUACUUCGAUGGGACCGUGUCGGAGCGGUCGUCUCGAGCAGCUUCGAUUUUGUGGACAACUCGACGAUUGUAGAAAAAUUCUUCUACCGUUUCGGGCGUAUGAACAGGGAACAGCGUGGAUUCGAUCCAACGGUGUCGUUUGCUCGGCCAGACUAUGUGCAAGAGAUGUACAGCGUUAGAGAAAAGCUGUCCGACUAUCAGAAAGAGUGCUUCUCCGAUACGUUUGGAGACGAUGCCAUCGCGGCGACAUGGCCAAUCUACGAGGUUUGUAUGCGCGAAGACGACUUUGUGAAGCCUGAUUUAAUUUCCUCCGCACGCGUGGAAGAAUCGGCUGAGCGAUUCGAGACCGCAGGUGGAUGCAACGACAGGGCGGGCGAGCAAGGAAGCGGCUUGGGGCAAGACAAAUACCUGCGGUUUCUUGUUGGCAAGCCUCGGGUGACUAGUAGCUCGCUGAUCGGGCGAGCAACAAAAGGUUUCGUGGCCUAUGACAUAUACCUCAAGCGACUAGUGUUUCUAAAGGAUAUAUGGCGAGUAAAAUCGCGCAGUGCUGUAACCGAGUUGCAGGUCAUCGAGACGCCUGGGAAAAGGCAGACAGUUGCAUGGGGCAUCCUACAUGACUGGGAUAUGUGUGCGUAUAAGGAAGUCAUGGAGAAAGACGGCGCAUGGGGCAAUCGUGUGGGAACGUGGCAAUUUAUGUCUGCCUUGCUUCUGAAGGAUCCUAAGAAGCGCAACGAGGUGUCUGAUGAUAUUGAAUCAUUCGUACAUCUGAUCAACUGGCUCAUGCUCCGCUUUCACCCUCACAAUUUCAGCGCAGAUGGACUUCGACAUCAUGUGAAGCAAGAGUACGAAGACCAUUAUAUUGAUGACGACAAUGCCAAGAUUGGUGGUCGGUGGAAGCUACUACACAUAGAAUGUGGGAAAGUUGAGUUCUACCCCAGAAGCGAGGUCCUUCAAUUGCUCACACAAUCGCUUGGCGCAAUGUGCACUCGUCAUUAUGGCACGCUCGUGCCGUAUUUACGACGAUUAGAGAACUUGAAUAGCUCUCCACGGGAGUCCGAACAGCAGCCAAAGGGGUCGCCUAUGUUGUCGGAUCAUUCCGUAAUUCUGGACAUCCUUGAGGAGCUGCAUGAGUUUGAACCGUCUGGGGACAAAUGCGACGAUCAAUUCAAAUGGCUCCGACCCGAGGUUUUGACACCAUUUUUAAGUGGCAAUUCUUCUUCUACUUACAUACUUGCAUCGGAAUCCUCUGUUUCUGUCGGACGAAAGCGUAGUCGGGGGAGCAUGGAUCCGGAAUCAUUGCAAGUCCAUAGAGCGAAAAGGGCUAAAGUGUCGGGCACCUAG